GGGAGGGAAGCGUGUGUGUUACUCUCCCGCAAGCGGUUACAUGUUGAGUAGUUAAGAAAUGUGACGUGAGGAACAGCAUAGCGCCGUCAACAGUGUGACAGAGUUGCGGCAAACCAGGAAAGUGCCUGACUGUGACACACGGAGAUCGCCGCGAGAAGGGCAGUGUUUCCCCGCCGGAGAAGUAGGGACUGAGAGGCGCUCCGGAGCCGCUCGGAGUGGGACCAAGGACCCCCACGCUGGGAAACAUUCGCGCAAACUGGCCAGGAUAGGGGGAUCUAACAACUAUAAAUUGACUUUUGAGCGAUGCACUGGCAGCAUGGCCAAGUGGUUCAAGGAGCACCUAGGAUUCAAAACUACCAAAGCACCCCCUCCGGCGCCUCCAAAACCGGACUACAGGUAUUGUCCCACCGGUGUGCCCAGCACGCCUGGCUACAAGCACCCGGGCUCCGGGGCCACCUACCCCAGCCCCGCUCAGCCGGACAUCCUCGCUGCUUACCAACUACAGAAAGCACUGGACUUCGAAGACCCGUACACCCCAGGUGGAAAUAUCUCCUACGGAUCAAGUUUAAACACUGUGGGCUCUUCGGACCUGAAAUAUGUGUCUCCAAAGCACCGGCUCAUAAAGGUGGAGACGGUGGAUAAGUCCAGCGCUGUCCCCGGCGGAGGAGUCUCCGUCACCCAGGCGGUAUCGGUGGGGAGCGUGAAAACUCCGUCUUCACCUCCGUCGGAAAACGACAAUAAAGAGAAGCUCAUUAUCCUGGAGGACUAUGCGGAUCCGUUUGACGCGGAGCAGGCCGGCGGCGCCCAGACCGGCGGGGAGAAGGUGACGACGGAGAACGACGGUUACAUGGAACCCUACGAGGCCCAGAAGAUGAUGGCAGGUAGAUCACCGACCCACCUGGUCUUUUAAUCAUCCGACAUCGCCCUGCGCCUCCUGUCCCGUGCGGGGGUCAGCGGUGAGGGCCUUACUGCUGACCGUGUCGGAGGUGCAGAUGGGCCACGCUGUGGCUGAUGCUAGCCUGGCCGCGUGCCUGUCGGCUGCUUGCUAAUGAGCAGGCUCCGACUGUAAGAGGACGGUCGACGUGACAGGGCUGCUCAUGCAGGAAGUGGCGCCGCGGCGUAUAGGGAGGCAUCCAUCUUCUAUUUUUUUGGGCUUUUUUUUAAGUAAAUUAAUAAAGAGAAGCAAGGCAGCGAAACCAACUAGCUGCUGUUGAUGUAUGGGGUUUCAUCGUCGGCUGGGUGUGAUUAUGUUAAAUACACUGAAGGAUUUUGUUUGUGUUUGUUGUAGUUGGGAACGACCACAUUCACUUACAAAUAUGGUUUCUCAGUACAAUAGCCGUCUAGAACCACACAGAAGAAAUACUAGAUUAUAUUGUACAAGUGGUCCGUGGUCAAAUUCGUUCUGUUAAGCUCAAUUGGUACAUGACAUUAAAUCCAUCACAGGGUUAGAGGUUCAAUUCCCAGUAGGGCCCCCCAUGAUAAGAAAUGUAUACAACCUUUUCAACAAACUUGUCCACCAAAUGACAGAUCUAUAAUGUAUUAACCCCUGGGUUUUUCGGCAACACAAAUUAGCCCUACAUGUAUUUCUACUUCAAAAGCAGCUUUACCUAAGGACUACAAUUCCAACCGAUUUGUCUUCAGGUGUGGUAUUGGCAUUUAGGGCCAUGCCGCUGUAACCCCGGUGGUUUUGUGUCAUAUUCUUCCAUUCCUAUUUUCCUGCCUCUCCCCUAUGUCACUCUAAUAGUAGGCAGGACACGAAUGUCUUGCUCCGUCCUCUGAAAUGGUCUUUUUAAUGGGCCUCCAGGCAAUCUCUUGUUUUCAUCCAUCUCUCUGCCCUGACCUGUAGCCCCUGUCUUGCACUCUCCGACCAGUACGCUGACUGUAUGAUGUAUCGCCUCCCUUUCUGCUUGUAGCACACAAACGGUAUAAAAUGUCUGUUGGAGCCUCCUUUGGUAUAUUUAUGUUGAACUACACUGUCUCCCGUGGCAUUCCGGGGGAAAAAGGUUUUGUUCAGAUGACACAGGUUUGCCUUCCGGCGACAGUGAUGAGUCUAUCUCGGAGAGAGCAGCUCUCUGCAAUGUUUGCUCCAAUGACUUUGCUUCCCUAAUCAGGACGAGGAUAGACGUGACGUUGAGUUGUGGUCGUUUUCUCUCUCUCUCUGUCUCUCUUAUAUACGGCUUUCUAUUGAUUCUUGCCUGUUCCUGUUUGUGCUGCUGCUGUAAUGCCAGAGCUGUCAGGCUUCCCUGUGAAAUAUAGCUGCUUCUUCAGCUCUGCUCUGCUCCCCCCCCCUGUUAAUAUUCAUUGUAAUCCAGGGGAUUUCUCUCCUGCGUUCCUCGAUGGAGCCGCAACGAUGCUUUGAUAAGCGAUGUCAGACAACACCGGGGGAUUUUUAAACAUGUUCAAAACCCACUGGCAUGUACAACAUGUUGAGUUAAUAUGAGAUUGUUUCGUACUGUUGGUAGGGUACUAGACGGUACUGCCGAAUCGGAGCAGCCUAACCAUGCUCCGACUCUGUUGUCUCAGUCUCUCUCUCCCCCGCCUCACUCUCCCGGCUCUCCCUGUGUAAUCAUUUUCUGAUUUUCUUUUCUUUUCUGCUUGUCUCGCACUCGACUGCUCCCUAAUAUGACAGCCGUUGUUCCCGUGAACAGCCUUCUACUCGGGCCGCAUGCGAUGUGGCAGGAUGUACCGGCGCAAGUCAGAGUGAACUUAGUUUGGGUAUUAUUUGGGCUGACAGGCGAGAUGCUUAUUCACCACCUUCACAAAUAUUCAGGCCUCCGCUAAAAAUGGAAAGGGGGGGUUUGCCCGUGGAAUAGUUCAAUAGUUUGAGCCUGUAAAAAUCAAAGGCUGGUGAUUGAUGGCUCCGUAUAAAAACAGUGUAUCAAAUUAAUCAGAGGCAGGCGAUCGGCACUAAAUCAGACGUGCGCUGUUUUUUUUUUACGAGCGGCGGUUUACGGCUCGGGGUGUGCGUGUCCACACCGGCGCCAACGGCCCGCUCGACUUUCUCAACAAGAUUGAAUUCGCCUUCGCUCUCAAGAGGAGGUUCGGGUUCCUCCCCGUAGAACGCACUCACACGGUAGCAUGGUCACAUGGGCACGCCGCCUCCCGCCUCGACCUUGGAAGGCGCUUCCGUCCGCAACGCGUGGACGGGUGAAACGGCGACGUCACUCCGGUGAAAUCUCCCCAACAAGCAAUUUGUCAUUCAUGCAAAUUAUGGUGGAGUUCCUUGUUCCGUCUUCGUAUCGCUCGCGUUCCCUUUCUGUCCGGCUCUCCGUCUGUCACCCCGUACUAUAUAUGGGGCAUCCAUUAUGGCAACCUUUUAUUGAAACAUAAACGUUUAUAUUGAACCAUUAAUUAGUCUAUUAAUUUCGUUAGUAAUGUACAUUCGCGCCAUAUAGUUUCAUUAUUUUGACAGUUGCCAAUUAUUAUGGGCUUUAUAUAUUCUCUCAAGUACCACAAGUUCCCACCCGCUGAUCCAGCCACUCUGUACACUGUUUACUCUACACUGUAUCGUCUGUUUACUGUACACUGUACAGUCGAUAUAUUAUAUCAUAAUGUAACAUAGUGUCAGGUGUGUGUGUGUGUGUGUGUGUGUGUGUGUGUGUGUGUGUGUGUGUGUGUGUGUGUGUGUGUGUGUGUGUGUGUGUGUGUGUGUGUGUGUGUGUGUCCGGCCCUACCCAGUGAGUGGGACUGCGGGUUGAUGAUUGAUGGGUCGCCGGCCUUCACUUCCCUUAACCUGCUGCGGAGGCGGGACACCUGAGCUCCUUCCUGCGCCAGGCUUUCCGGGACUGAUUGACAAGUCGCUAGACCUGUUUAUAUGCCCUGUCGAUAACCCUCAGUAUGCCCUUUAUGGAUGUGUUUAAUUAGAAGCAAGUGCUUUGAUUUGCCUGGUGUACACGUGUGGCGGUGUGUGUCCCACUGUAUCUGUUUGACAUAAGUGUGUUCGCGUCCUAUCGCUCGACUGAUGGAGUGUUUGUGUACAGCUGGUGUUCUGGUUGCUUUAUCUAAAGAAUGCUUGCGGGGGGCCGCGAGUCGAGAUACUGGCACUGUGUGUAUACUUGGAACAAAUAUGUCCGUCACAGUUGCAUCAUCUUUCAUCUUCACACCAGCAUGCAACACACACUCGUUCUUAUCAUACUUACUUAUCGUCUGUUUUCGUUGGCCCGGGAGCUGCUCAGACCCGUUACCAUGCCGAUCACUGUGGACUCAUCCGGUAGAACCGGAACCGGUCUGCCUUGAGCUGUUUCUCUAGGACGGGGGGAGACGCGGAGGGGAGAGCACUCUACUCCCUGAGCAGCCGUGUGUGAACAUAAAUAACCACACAUGCACUAACGCACGCACACUCGGGCAGAGCACGUCGGAAAUGGGUCACUUUGGGUCAGGACACGGCGGCCUACAUGUUCCUCGUGUUGUUAAAUAAAUGUAAAAUUUCCGUUGGAUUAAUCCUCCUUAAGGCAUGGAGGGAAUAACAGGAGAUCUGAUGUGUGAUGUACCUGAAGCUGGACCUAAUGAAAUGCUUCACCAUCUCCCCCUCUCAAAAUACAGUGUUGAAGUUGAUGACUAAAGCAGUAAGCAGGGCACACAUAAUGCCCCCCCCCCCCCUCCCCCUCCCCUCACACAUUCUGGUCCCCAUGCAACGGGCUUCCCACUGAGCCGAAGGAGUGCUGUUGUGUCAACAGUGUUCGUGACUCAACCCCCCCGAUAUGCCAAUCCUCAGGAACAGGCACGUCAUCAUGCUCUCACAUGCACGCACACACACACACACACUUGCACACGAACACACGCUUACAGACUUGGAGUAGGAGUGCGGCAACCAGCUGCUAUGUGUGUCCACGUGUGCGCAUGUGUAUGUGUGAGUAUGUUGUGUAUGUUGGUAGCAUGUGUUUCAACAUGUUGAGCAGCACCUUGCCCCCCGCCCCCAUGUUUCAACUUUGGACAAACUUCAGGCCCUCCUCCUCUUCCCGCCUGUAUCUGAUCAGCCAGGUUAUCUGGCCUCAUUCCGGCGGCCACAGAGUUGUGCAACAGGGCAAUCACGCCCCGCAGAGAUUGAAAGAAAAAAAUAAUAGAAAGCGUUGGUGUUUUCUUCUAAGGGCUGACUCAUAGGUCAGGCACUUACUCCACUUUGUUUCUCUUUCAGUAUGCGUGGGGACGGGUCGUCGUUGCUUCUGGUAAGGAGCGAUGUGUGCCCCAGGAGGUGCAAUGGCAGCGAUGGAGUGGGUAGAUCGAGGAGGUUAUUACGGCUGUAAGUCACCGCGGUGGGACCACCUCCCUGUUGAAGUGUUGUCUCUGGGAGGACCUCGGCUGUCUGUGGCGAGAUGGUGAAAUGAGGCAGAGAGAAUGACUUGGGAAAACAAUGGAAAGAAAAACUACAACAUAAGGCGUGUGCGUGUGCGUGUGGGUGUGGGUGUGCGUGUGGGUGUGCGUGUGCGUGCGCUCGUGUGUGCGUGUGUGCGUGCGCUUUCUCAAGAGAAAGUACCGGAGAGACCCGAAGGAAAUGAAUGAAAAAUGGGAGGGGAAACUCUCAUGCAGUGUAAGAACGGGCCCUGCCAGAGGAAACUCCUGCUUUAAUGACUUCACACACCUUUGGACCGCAUUGAGACGGUCGUCUGGGGAGCCCACACAGAGGGAGGGAGAGGGGCGGGGCUUGUUUAAUCUCACCUAGGCGCGGCCACUCCUUCCAGGCCCUGAGAACACGGCAUGUGGCGACACAUUUCUUGGCCUGCCGGCGCAGAUUUUAUUGCCUCAGGCUGAAACUUGAAGCAUAUCCGGUGCGUGUUCAGGCAAACGCACGUCAGAUGUGAACGUCUUCUCUUUAAUAUCCACCUUCUCGAUAUUUACAAAAGUCAUCGGGUGGUUCAGGUUUAAUCACUCUGUAAUUUCAGGAUUAUCUCUGUCCUCUUUAACUUUGACAUUUCUUUAUUCCGCCGCGGGGCAUUGGGAGACGUAGCCGACAGAUAAUCCCCUCGAGGAUGACGUUUAUGUAUUUAGCCCGUCGCUCAUGGGUGGAGACUGACCGCAGUGGAAGAACGUGUAGAAAGGGGGAAUCUUCUAGCUUCUCUCUCAAAUCAUGAGGUCAUGGUUCGGGAUGACUUUCUCUUGAGUGGUCAACGGUGGGAGUGACCUCCAGGAAUGCGCCGCGUAUUUGUGUGUGUGUAGGACUUCCAGUAAAUCCCGUCAUCGUGCUUACGGGAAGGUCUGGAGCAGGCUUAGCAUGCCACAGGUGAUCCUCAGGGCUGGAUGUGAGGGACACGUCUCUUGUCCACUGCGGAGUUGAACCCCUCCCUUAUGGUUCCUCCCCCUGGAUCGCUUCCCAACGAGGAGGUGCUGUCGGUCUCACUGGAGGAGAAGGGUAUUUACCAGUACCGGCACCCACAUGUCAUGUCCUGGCACAGGGUCUAGUUCACCGCCCUUCCACCGGCACCCCCGCACCACAGACCGUGCUGAUGUGUCAAGGCUUUUGUAAGUCAGUGGUUGACACGCAGUUCAAUGUGUCCUGACGUUUUGUCCAGGAAAUACUUUACAGUGCACUGUGAUUAGGGCCGGAAACCCAUUCCUUUUAUUUACUGAUUUUCAUGUUCAUAAGGAUUCAUUGUUUGACGUAUUCCAUUCAUGCAGAUGGUGCACAGGUCUUUGUGUUUACUUGGUGACUUUGGCGCACUUGGGUAUGCCCCUUGUGUUACCGUGUUGAGUUCCUCUGUUGUUGUAUCGUGUGUGUAACCUGACCGGACCCUCCCAGUCCAGGCGUCAUGGUCUCUCACCCAAAAGCACGGCCACUUUAACAGGCAUGGCGGUGAGUGGGGGAUGGUUAUGGCACCCUUCGCAUACCAGCACCCACACACACACACACACACACACACACACACACACACACACACACACACACACACACACACACACACACACACACACACACACACACACACACACACACACACACACACACACACACACACACACA